AUGGCAAAACCCUCGUUCAUUGCGACUACGGUCGCGAAUGUCAAGAACAGCCCGCGAGAAAUAUUUAAUUGGUACAUAAUUGUUUGUACUUGCUUAUGGAGCUUCUCCGGUGUUGCGAAGGGGUUCGAUGAAGGAAACAUAGCAUCGCUUGUUGUCAUGAAGGCCUUUAAGUUGAAGUUUGGCCUAGCGAGCCAGUCCGACUCAGAAUAUGCUAAUACAAAGGGUUGGAUCGUCUCGAUCGCCACAGCCGGAGCCGUGUUCGGCUGUAUUUUCUGCAUUCAUCUCACAACAAUACUCGGUCGGCGGUUGGCCUUUCAGAUUUUUACAGUCGUAUAUAUCGCCGGAGUCCUAGGGCAAACAUUUAGUAAUGGAAACCUAUCCGGGCUAUACGCGUCGCGAUUUAUUGCGGGCAUGGGCAUAGGCGUAACAACGAUUCUACCGUCUAUCUAUCUUGCCGAGAUUUCUCCCAGUUCUAUUCGAGGUUUAGUCACUUUGCAGUACGCAUGCUGUCAACAACUUGGCGUCGUCUUCGGCUUCUUCUUCAACUAUGGCAUAACGAAAAGUUUUGCGGGCAGCAACCUGCAGUGGCAACUCCCAACUGUACUCCAAGUUAUCCCGGCCAUAAUAUGGGGUCUUGGGUCAUUCCUUACGCCCGAAUCCCCUCGCUUUCUUCUGAACAAAGGCAGAAGGUCGGAAGCUUUAACGACCCUUGCAAGGCUUCGAGGAAUGUCAGAGGACCACCAAUACGUACAGGACGAGUUCAAUGGCAUUGAAACCCAGCUUAGCCAUGAAGCCGAUGCCGUUGCUGGCGUAUCUUUCAUUGAUGCGGUGAAGGAAACAUUUGGUCCGAUAACAAAUCGCCGGCGCUUCUUCCUCAUGUUUUUUGCGCAUCUCUUUGCUCAGUGGUCCGGCGCAAACGCCAUCACACAAUACAGCCCCACAAUCUUCGGCUACCUUGGCAUUGAGGGGCAAGAAUCCAGUUUCCUGGCAACUGGUAUUUAUGCUAUCGUCAAGUUUGUCUCUACAUUGGUUUUUUCCGUCGUCGGAAUCGACUUCAUUGGCCGACGUCGCUCCCUUAUGACUGGGAUCACCUUACAGAUUGUCACUCUCACUUACGUCGGCGCGUAUCUGGGUGUGACGAAUGGUCGUUCAUCUACAUCCAUUGCAUCGGAUUCCUCCGCUAUCCACGCAAGCCAAGCCGCAAUCGUUGCCAUUUACCUUCAUGCUGUCGCAUGGUCAGUUGGAUGGUUCUCGAUUCCAUAUUUGGUCUCUUCUGAGGUUUUCCCAAUUCGCAUUCGAUCCCCAAACGUCUCCGCCCUUAUGGCUUUUCAUUGGGCCUUUUAUUUUGGAUGUUCGCGUGCCAUGCCUUCACUCUUAGCUGCUACCGACCGAUAUGGCGCUUUUGCUUUCUUCGCAAGUAUUUGUUGUAUCUCCCUUGUUUAUGUAUUCUUCGCAAUGCCCGAAACAGCUGGAAGGUCACUUGAGUCCAUGGAUAGCCUAUUCGAUCGGCCGUGGUAUACUGUCUGGAAGGUCGCAUAUCCGAAGCCAGAAGAGCUCUUACAAGGUCACCAGCGCGACGAUGAGGAUGAUCUUGAGGUGAAGCCGCACGUGUCCCAUAAAAACUAA